AUGGCUCAGGGCUCAUCCGUCAUACUAGCCCUAGUCCCACUGGUACCCGGACAGUAUAAGCUUGAUGCUCGGCAUAGUGUUGUGGGCAACGCUACCAAUUUAACGCGCGAUGCGAGGAUGUGCGGCGAGGAAGGCGCAGGCAGUGGCGAGACCGGUACAGGUGGAAAGACCAAGAUGAUAGCGUACAGCCACCAGAUCCCUAUUCCCGGCAAACUAAGGUCAUUGCCAGAUGCUAGUAUCAGAAUGAGCUCUUCUAUAGCAGUGGAUAAAAAUCCACCCAGGCACCCUUCAAGCACUGCAACUCGCCCCAUUGAAGUCACAGAAUCCCCGUUUCCAGACUGGGAGUAUGGACAGGGCGUCCUGGACGGAGUAAGCCGGUUCAACUUCCAUACCGAAAUUGAUCCCUACGCCUCAACCAGGGAGACAGUCAGCAACUACCGUUUUCUCAUCUCAGCUAUCACACCGCGGCCAAUCGAGUUUGUCAGCACUGUUUCCGCGUCAUUAGCGAAAUAUUGGGAGGUUGUCGAGAAUCUGGCUCCAUUCAGCUACUUCCAGCUAGUCGACCAUGAUCCGCCCAUGCUAAUUCUGGGCUUCUCGGGCCGACCUGGGCGGGAGAAAGAUACGUUUCGGAAUCUCAAAGAGACAGGAGAUGUGUGA